AUGGAGAACGUCCUGCGGCACGCGCACGUGCACGGCGUGGAGGAGGUGCUGCGGGCGCUGGAGGUGGACGAGGCGAGGGGGCUGACGAAGAGCCAGCUAGCCAAGAGGAAGGAGCUGUACGGCCUGAACGAGCUAGAAGUGGAAACGAAGAAGGGAAUCCUCGAGCUGAUCCUAAACCAGUUUGAAGAUCUCCUGGUGAAGAUCCUCCUGUUGGCGGCCUUCAUAAGUUUCGCCCUAACCCUGCUGGACAUGCAGAGUCAUGAGGUAGCUCUCUGCGAUUUCAUAGAACCGCUCGUCAUCGUAAUGAUUCUAAUUCUAAAUGCAGCGGUGGGGGUAUGGCAGGAGUGUAACGCAGAGAAAUCGUUGGAGGCUCUGAAGCAGUUGCAACCGACGAAAGCGAAAGUGCUAAGAGAUGGCAAGUGGGAAAUAAUCGACAGUAAGUACCUCACCGUGGGUGACAUCAUAGAGCUAAGUGUAGGAAACAAAACACCAGCAGAUGCAAGGAUUAUUAAGAUCUUUUCUACGACUAUUAAGGUGGAGCAGAGCAUGUUAACAGGAGAGUCAUGUUCGGUUGAUAAGUACGCAGAAAGGUUAGAUCCCACUUAUAAAGAUUGCGAAAUUCAAUUAAAAAAGAACAUUUUGUUUUCUUCCACUGCAAUUGUGGCUGGUAGAUGCAUCGCUGUUGUAACCAAAAUUGGUAUGAACACAGAAAUUGGGCAGAUUCAACACGCAGUAAUAGAAUCCACAAAUGAAGAUACAGAUACUCCUUUGCAAAUCAAAAUUGAUGCCUUUGGAAGGCAAUUGUCUAAAAUUAUUUUCUUCAUAUGCGUCACUGUGUGGGUAAUCAAUUUUAAACAUUUCUCUGAUCCCAUUCAUGGGUCUUUUCUCUACGGAUGUUUAUACUACUUUAAAAUUAGCGUCGCUCUGGCCGUGGCUGCCAUCCCGGAGGGUCUCCCUGCUGUCAUCACCACGUGCUUAGCUUUAGGUACCAGACGAAUGGUGAAGAAGAAUGCCAUUGUGAGGAAGCUCCAGAGUGUGGAGACCCUAGGAUGCACCACCGUUAUUUGCUCCGAUAAAACGGGAACGCUCACGACCAACCAGAUGACCGCAACGGUGUUUCACCUCUUUAAAGAGCCAACUUCCUUGAAAGAGUACCAGCUGUGCCAAAAGGGGGAGACCUUCUUCUUUUACGAGUCUUGCCCGGCGGAGGAGGGGCACGAGAAUGACUCCUUCUUUAACAAGCUGAAGAGGGAAGGCCGCGUCUCCAGUCAGGUGGCGAGCCAGGCGUCCUACGAGGAGUGCGGCGCGGUCACCUCCAGGGGAAACAGGAAACACUCCAGUGGGCGCCUCUCGUACGGCGGAAGGAGCGGCCACCCGGAGAGCGGCAGUGGCAGCGGCAGUGGCAGCGAUAACUAUGAGGAGUACCCGUCGGGCGACGAAACCGACCAGCCGCUGAAGCAGAUGCACACCAACGUCAACACCAUCAUCAGCAGGGGCAGCAAAAUUCUGGAGGACAAAAUAAAGAAGUACGCCUAUUCGGAGCACGACUACAGCUUCUACAUGUGCAUGGUCAAUUGCAACGAAGCCAACAUCUUUUGCAAUGACCGGAACGAAAUCGUCAAGGUCUUCGGGGACAGCACCGAGUUAGCCCUCCUCCACUUCGUGCACAACUUUGACAUUAAGCCAAACGCGGUGAGGAACAACGCCAUGGCGGCCGAGUACGACCGGGCUGCCAGCAAGGGUAAGGCUGCGAAGGAGGGGGGGAAGGCAACUUCAUCAGGCGGGGGCGCCAUUAGCGGUGACCCCUCCAACGGAAACACUUCCAGCGGCGACCCCCCCAAUGGGGAGGAGGGCGGAACCCACCCAAGUGAGUGCAUUUCCGCGUGGAGAAACGAGUGCCAGUUAAUCAAAAUAAUUGAAUUCACCCGGGAGAGGAAACUCAUGAGCGUCAUCGUAGAAAACAAGAAGAAGGAUCCAAUUCUCUACUGCAAAGGGGCCCCAGAAAAUAUUAUAAAAAAUUGCAACUACUAUUUGGUUAAGAAUGAGGUAAAGCCGCUCACAGAGGAACUGAAGAGCCUCGUCUACACCCGAGUGAAGGGCAUGGGCAAGAGAGCCCUACGCACCUUAAGCUUCGCCUACAGGAAGAUGAAGAAAACGGAUUUAAACGUCACCAACGCGGAGGGCUAUUUCAAACUCGAGAGAGAUAUGAUCUACCUUGGAGGUUUGGGAAUUAUUGACCCCCCAAGGAAGUACGUCGGAAGGGCCAUCAACUUGUGUCACCUGGCUGGAAUUAGAGUCUUCAUGAUUACGGGGGAUAAUAUGGACACUGCCAAGGCCAUCGCCCGGGAGAUCAACAUCCUGCGCGGCGACGACAUGGAUGAGGAGGCAGACCAGCCCGCCGCCUCGCCCAACCGUCGCAGCGGAAGCGGGGUUAGCGGCGGAAGCGGCGUUGACAGCGUUGGCAGCCACAACUACAAACGCAAGUGCUGCUACAGCGGAAGAGAGUUCGAGGACUUCCCGCUCGACGUGCAGAAGGACAUCCUCAAGAACAACCAGCGCAUCGUCUUCUGCAGAACGGAGCCCAAGCAUAAGAAGCAGAUAGUAAAAAUUCUGAAGGACCUCGGAGAGACCGUCGCCAUGACGGGGGACGGGGUGAACGACGCCCCUGCCUUGAAAUCUGCAGACAUUGGUAUUUCCAUGGGAAUCAACGGCACGGAGGUCGCGAAGGAAGCGUCCGACAUCGUCUUGGCCGAUGACAAUUUCAACACCAUCGUGGAGGCCAUCAAGGAGGGCAGGUGCAUCUAUAACAAUAUGAAGGCCUUUAUCCGCUACCUCAUCAGCAGCAACAUUGGCGAGGUGGCCUCCAUCUUCCUCACGGCUUUGCUGGGCAUCCCCGACAGCCUCGCGCCGGUGCAGCUCCUCUGGGUCAACCUGGUCACGGACGGCCUGCCCGCCACGGCUCUCGGGUUCAACCCGCCCGAGCACGACGUCAUGAAGUGCAAGCCCAGACACAAAAACGACAGCCUGAUCAACGGCCUGACGCUGCUCAGGUACAUCGUCAUCGGCACCUACGUGGGCGUGGCCACGGUCUCCAUCUUCGUCUACUGGUACCUCUUCUACCCCGACUUGGACGGCCACACCCUCGUGAGCUUUUACCAGCUCUCCCACUACAACCAGUGCAAGGCCUGGCCGGACUUCCAGGUCAACCGCGUCUACGCCAUGUCGGACGACCCCUGCUCCUACUUCUCCGCGGGCAAGCUCAAGGCCAGCACCCUCUCCCUCUCCGUCCUCGUCGUCAUCGAGAUGUUCAACGCCCUCAACGCGCUCAGCGAAUACAACUCCCUCUUUCAGAUCCCCCCCUGGAGAAACAUGUACCUUGUGCUCGCCACCAUCGGGUCGCUGCUCCUCCAUUUCAUGAUUUUAUACAUCCCCCCCCUUGCCAAAAUCUUUGGCGUCGUGGCCCUCACGCCAUAUGACUGGCUGCUGGUCUUCAUGUGGUCCUUCCCCGUCAUCAUCAUUGAUGAGGUUAUUAAGUUCUACGCGAAGAGGCAGCUGAACAGGGGGCUGUCGCCCAAGCAGAAGAUCGAUUGA